AUGGACUGGCUGCCGAACCCGAGCUGGAGUGCGAAUGUCCUGCGGGCGAGUUGGGUGUUUUUGAGUGUCCCAGCGAUCGUGUUGACCUGGGGGCGUAUCAUUCUCGACAUGAGGCAAAGUUGGGCUGCGGAGCUGGGCCUUUACUUCUUCCACCAAGGCCCGGGCCUCUUUACAGGCUUCCGUAAAUACCAUGGGAUCCCGUCUCAUUAA